UAUCUUCUUUUACAAAUAUAAUCUCAUACGCUUCUUCUUACACUCACUUAACAUAAAAGGUACCUCCAGGAUAGAGGCAGGCUCACCCAAGGACUGGACGUUACAUAAUGGUUGAGAGAAGAGACUACCUCACUAAAAAUGGUAUUCCACAACUUUUUGAAUGUCUACUAACUGGACUAAUGUAUCAUCGUCCAGAUGAUCAUUUAAAUUAUUUACAACAAUGUAUUGAACAAAUUAAAACAUAUGGAUUGAAUAUUGUACAAUGGGAUUUAUUUAUUCAAUCUAAACCUAUCGAACAAUACUCUACAAAUGUAGAAACAAAAAAUGAAAAAGAUCAUAGCCCUCAACAUAAUAAUACAAUAUCAGAAAUUAUUCUACCUACGCUAAGCAUUAAACUAGACGCAAUAAUUAUUUGUAUUAUAGCUGGACCAGGUAUUGAUCGAGGCAAAUUUUCUAAACAAUUCAUUACACAUUAUCCUAAAUUGAUUUAUGUUAAUUUAUCGGAUUUAUUGAGAACUGAAGCAAACAAUCAAAAGAAUCUACAAAAAUCUUAUUGGAAUGAAGCAUUAAAAUUAAUGAAUAAUGGUGAAUUAUUGUCGAAUGAUAUAGUUUUAGCAACACUUUUAUCAACAAUGAAUGAAUUUCCUGAAGCUGAUGGUUACAUAAUUGAUGGUUAUCCUAAAACUGAAAUGCAAUAUUAUGAUCUUAAGAAGCAU